AUGAUGCUAAUGCCUCUCAUGGCUGCUUCUUGCUUAAUGCUAAUCCUUGCACUCCUUGUUACCUUUUCCAUUACAGCUAAUACCGCAGGCGGGUUAGCUCAUACUAGUUACCUGAAGAAAGGCUCCUACCUCUCUGUUAAUCGUGCUUCUGAUAUCAUACAAUCUCCUGAUGGCACCUUCUCGUUUGGUUUCUACAAUCUUUCCUCCACUGCCUUCACCAUAUCCAUCUGGUUUACCACUUCAGCCGAUAGAACCAUUGCUUGGAGUGCAAAUCGCGAUCACCCUGUGCACGGGAGUGGAUCAGAGGUCAGACUGAACAAGGAUGGUACCAUGGUUUUAACGGAUUAUGACGGCACAGUUGUAUGGCAAACCAACACAAGCUCCAAAGGAGCUGAUUAUGCUGAGCUCAUGGAUUCUGGGAACCUUGUUAUGAAGGAUCAAGGUGGCAAUAUCCUCUGGCAAAGCUUUGACCAUCCAACUGACACGCUGCUGCCGACACAACCAGUGACAGCCUCUGCAAAGCUGGUAUCAACAGAUCUCUCACACCCUUCAAGCUACUAUACUUUGCGCUUCGAUGACCGUUACAUUCUUUCACUUGCUUAUGAUGGACCAGAUAUUUCCAAUCUUUAUUGGCCUAACCCUGACUUCAGUAGCUGGCUGAAUUACAGGAUUAGUUACAACAGCAGUAGGAGAGGUGUUCUUGAUAACCUGGGGCAGUUUACAGCAAGUGACAACACAAGCUUUGUUUCAGCAGAUUGGGGUCCAGGUGUCAUGAGGAGAUUAACACUGGAUCACGAUGGAAAUCUGAGGCUUUAUAGCUUGAAUGACAGCGACGGGAGGUGGUUGAUUUCUUGGAUGGCUUUCUCUCAGCCUUGUGAAAUACAUGGUAUAUGUGGUUGGAAUGGUAUUUGUGUUUACACACCAGUUCCAGCCUGCUCCUGCCCUCCUGGCUAUGUGGUUAGGGAUCCAACUGACUGGAGCAAAGGCUGCAUACCAAAAUUCAACCUCUCCUGCAGUGGUGAUCAGCAAAUGGGCUUUGUGAGCCUUCCUCAAACUGACUUCUGGGGUUCUGAUCUUGACUACAUCCCAAUGACGUCACUGGAUGCUUGCACCACUCUGUGCUUGGAUACCUGCUCCUGCCUAGCUUUUGAGUACAAAUCAGAUAGCAAUGGCUGUUUCUUGAAGUCUGUUCUCUUAAAUGGAAAGACUGUCCCAGGCUAUCCUGGCACAGCACACUUGAAGGUUCCUCAGAGCUUUUUGUCUGAAACAAUCUCAUAUGUUCCUCAAAAUAGUGAAAUCCUAGAUUGCAACGCAUCAAGUGCAAAACUAGAAGUUCUAGUUUUCAAUCCUGAUGCACAUAGUAAUGGAAACAGUACGAUGUGGCACUACUACUAUGGGUUCCUUGCAGCAUUGUUUCUUAUAGAAGUCUGCUUCAUUGCAUUUGGUUGGUGGUUCAUGGCAAGAAAACAAUCAACACAAUUGAAGAUUUGCGAGGAAGGUUACAGGAUGGUAACAGACCAUUUCCGUAACUUUACCUACAAGGAGCUGAGGGAGGCUACUAAGAAUUUCAAGGAUGAGCUUGGUCAUGGGAGGUAUGGCUCUGUGUACAAGGGUAUUCUACAUGAUAAACGUGUGGUUGCUGUCAAGAAACUCGGAGAUGUGAAGCAAGGAGAAGAUGAGUUCCAGACAGAGGUCAGUGUGAUUGGGCGAAUUUACCAUAUGAAUCUGGUGAGAGUAAGGGGUGUAUGUUCAGAACGGAAGCACCGGUUGCUGGCCGUAGAGUAUGUUGAUAAUGGAUCACUGGCAAUGUUCUUGUUUGGCAACCACAGACUAUUGCAAUGGGAUCAGAGGUACAAGAUUGCAGUUGGCGUGGCCAAAGGAGGCUAUGCUGCUCCAGAAUGGGCCUCCAGCAUUCCCAUUAAUGAAAAGGUGGAUGUGUAUAGCUACGGAGUGGUGCUUAUCGAAUUAGUCAUAGGGCGAAGAGCAUCUGAGUUGGCAGCGACUGGUACUGGUGAUGCAGAGGUUGCUAUGAGACAGUUAGUGUGGACAAUCAGAGAGAAGCUGAAAUCCGGUGACCUGUCGUGGAUUAUUCACUUUGUGGAUCCUAAAUUGAAUGGCAAUAUUGUGCACUCAGAAGUUUUGUUGAUGCUGGAGGUAGCUGCCAUGUGCUUGGAGAAAGAGAGGAACCAGAGACCAAGCAUGAACGAUAUAGUGGAGAAGCUUCAGUUCCGUUCUUGUAAUAAAUAA